AUGGAUCCUCCCGGCAAACGCACGCGGGUGGACGACUACUACUCAGCGAGCAAGAAGAACGGGCCGCCAAAGGCCACGUUCUCAACGCCGUUGCGCGGAGGUGACGACGAAGAGCUCGAAGCGACGCAGGAAGACUGUCACGGCUCCCAAGUCUCGGACCAGGCACCCGAGGAGCAGUGCGCCCUCGUCGCGGACGAGCGAUCUGGGGUUAUUCUCACGGUCGGCGCCGGAGGCCUUUCCAUUGGACGCGGCGAGGACUGUGACGUGCAGCUCAGCGGCGACGAGGUGAGCCGGGCGCACGCACAGCUCUUGCUCACCUCGCAGGGGCUCGUGCUGCGGGCGCGGAACAAGUCCGUCUUCGUGCGCCGCGGUGAGGUUUGGGAGGAGCUCCCCGCAGGCGAGGAGACCCGCAUAGAGGAGCAGCAGCGGUGGGGGCUGCUCCGCAAAAGCAACCGCUACAGGGUGCGCUCGGUGCCGCCGUUGUGCAAGGUGGGCUCCGGCUCCGGAUCCUUUGAUGCUGGCUAUUCUCGCCUGCUGUGCCGG